AUGGAGCCAGCUCCUCUCCUCCUCCUCAGCUUGCUGUGGGGCUGCAGUGGGCGACCGGCCGACAAGCUGGCGGUGGUGCCGCGGGAGCCGGUGGUGCGGUAUGGGGGCUCGGCACAGCUGAACUGCUCCCUGGCCUGCACGGGGGGUACGGUGCAGUGGAAGGGGCUGGACACCAACCUGGGGAGCAUCACCUCCUUCCCCACCCACAGCAUCCUGCAUGUCAGCAGCGCCGUGGUGGCCACAGGGGGCACCAAGAUCUGCCAGGGGACCUGCCAUGGGCAGCGCUACCAGCACGCUGUCGACUUGAAGGUCUACGCCUUCCCGGAGACGCUGCAGCUGGAGGUGGACCCCCCCACCCUGGAGCCGGAGCAGCCUGCCAGCCUGCGCUGCUUGGCCCAGCAGGUGUACCCGCUCAUGGGGCUGGUGCUCACCUGGUACCGGGGGGACCAAGCGCUGAAGGAGGCAGACUUCGAUGUCAUGGAGACCGACGAGGAGCUGUUUGACAUCGUGUCCACGCUGCUGGUGGCCGGGAAGGAGGUGGGAGAAGGGAUGGAAUUCAGGUGCCAGGUGACGCUGAGCAUCGGGCAGGAGACCUUCACCCGGGUGGCAUCUGUGAUCGUGAGCACUGGGGCUGUGACGGAGCAGCCUGUGGCCAUGGCCACCUCCACAGGGAGCCCCCGGACAGCGGCAGCUACGACGGGGAGCCCCAGCACAGCCGGGCCCGUGACCACUACGGCACUGCCCCCAGAGCCGAGUGUCCCCACACAUGAUCCCACCACAGCCCUGACCACCACACUGCAGGAGCCCGAUGCUGAGACCAUCCUGGAGCCAGCUGCUGCCACCAAACCCCCCUCCACAGAGCGCCCUGCUCCCCGUGACCUCGUUGCAGGCAGUCCCACGGGACGUCUGGCCACCACCAUGCUUCCUGGCUCCAGCACCGGGACAGGACCAUCCGUGGGGACAGCGCCCGCCUGCAGCCUGCAGAUCUGGUCGCUGCCUCCCAACGGGACGCGGGGCAGGGCCCUGCGCAUCGAGUGCCGCGCACAGUGCGCUGGGAACGCCACGGUCCGCUGGCUGCAGACCCCGGUGGCCCUCUCGCAGUACCGGGAGGAGGCGGUGGGCAGCAGCUCCACGCUGUGGCUGGACCGCACUGAGCCCCGGCACCAGGGCCACUACCAGUGUGUCCUGCUCGGCCACCGCUCCCAGGUGGUCAGUCUGCAGCUGACAGUCUUGGAUGAGUCGUUCAGCGCGGGCCCCGCCAUCGCUGCGGGGACAACGGUCUCGCUGUUGGCACUGAUCGUGACUGGCGUCAUGUCUCGUCGCCUGUGGAAACGAUUCAGAUCUCAGUACGAGCUGCCCUAG